ACGUAGAGUGUAGAGACAUUAUAGUAAUUUUGGGGGAAAAGCAUGAUGAAAAGUAACAGAGCUGCAAUUGUGGUGAUGAUUAUGUUGGGUUUUAUACAAAUUCUAAGUGUUGAGGCAGUAAACACUUGUCCUGUACAGUGCGGUUUACUGUGUUUUGUUUCUGAUGGCCCAUCAUUCGUGGAAUGUUAUGAUAAAUGUAUUGCAAAAUGCAAAAAGGUGCCUGCGAGUGCCUACAAUUGUAUUACAAAGUGUGGCGUCAACAAGACAGUCACUGUUACUAUUGAUGAUCGUGGUCAUGUGGCUGAUGUGGUUGAUUCCUGUUUGCAAAAUUGUCCCAGAUUGGAAGAGUAAUUGAUUAACAUUCCAGAGCAC